GGUCCGCUAUGAGGAAGUGUUUUUGUCCCGAGGACUGCAUUAGCUCAUUAGCUAUGUUUUCAUAUAUCUGAUAUUUUGCUGUGUGCUCGGUUUUUAUGGGCAAUUGGGUUCUUGAUUAUAAACCGUGAAGCGAAAACAAAAUAUAGCUCAAGCUAAAUAAAAUCAAGGCAAAAUGUCAUCAGAGGAGUUUGAAAAGUUACAUGAAGUGUACAAAUCUCUGUACGACGAACUGAAGCUGAUGCCGAACCGGGCUUCAGGAUGUCAUGGAGAGGAAAAGAAGCGGUUGGUGAGAGACUUUGAUGAGAGAUUUGGGGAGGCAGAAGAAGUGUUACAGGGGAUGGAUAAAGAGUUGCAGAGCGCUCCCGCGUCCUUCCGAAAUCAAAUCUCCUCGAAACUGCGGCUGUACCGCAGAGACUUGGGCAAGUUGCAGCGCGAGAUGAAGACCUCUGACCUGGGUUUGGGCUUCGCGGGCCGAACAGGAGACGGCAGACACAGUGUCUAUGGGUCCCAGAAUGAGCAGAGCACGCAGAUUCAGUCACAGCGAGCCCUGCUGCUGCAGGGCACCGACUCCCUGAACAACGCCAGUCGCAGCAUCGAGCGGAGCCAGCGCAUCGCCGCGGAGACGGACCACGUCGGCAGGGACAUCAUCGAGGAGCUGGGGGAGCAGAGGGAGCAGCUGGACCGAACCCGAGAUCGGCUGGUCAACACUGGAGAGAACCUGAGCCGCAGCCGCAGGAUCCUACGCUCCAUGUCCCGCCGGUUGGUGACUAAUAAACUCCUGCUGGCUGUCAUCAUCCUGAUGGAGCUGGGCAUUCUGGGUGCUGUGGUUUACCUCAAGUUCUUCCGCAAGUAGGGGGGGAGGCGAGGGGGGCUACGUCAGCCGGCGAGGUUAACGGCACGUUCCAGGCCUGGCCUUCUCCUCCUCCUCCUCCUCCUCCUCCUCCGACUCAAGAUUUCCAGCGUCGGACCGAGGAGGCCCCAGACUGGAAUUUCUGACGCCCUUUAAGUGAGACCUGAAAUCCGCCCCGGGAGCCAAAGAACCAAAAUGGACGACGUGUUUUACUCUUUGAGCCUGGGGCUCCUCUGAGCCCUGCAUGUGGCGGUUAGGGGUUCGAACGCUGGGGGCUGGGGCCACCGACGGCUUCUGAAGGCGGUGGGUGUAAACUGAACUCUCUCUUCCCACGUCGUUUUAUUUUACGGGCCGUUAUCGGAAAGCCGUGCGGAGCUGUGACGAAGGACCGUGUUUAUUACCUUCCACUGGAGCCAGCCGUCCGCCUCGCACAACCCCAAUCCUGGUGUGUCUGCACCUGCCGGAACUGUGAAAAAUGUAUCAUAUUUAAACAAUGAACUAAGCUAAAUGUAUAGUAUGCUGAUUUGAAUGGGAUUAUUUGUUUUUGUUUUUUUUUAACUGAAUGGUAAACCAGAGCGGUACCUGUAACUUAAGAUAUAGCACAUGCAUUUUGUUACUAAGAUGCUGCUACUACUGCAACUAAUAAUAACAACAUAAAGCCAAAUUUUGUGGCACCGUGUUCUGCCCUUGA